GCAGCCCUUGUGCCACAGCAGUCAGUCAGGAGGCAGUUCUGCAGGGUCAGGUUCCGUCAGCAAAAGGUCUGCCAGUGCCGGUCAAUGCUCCGCAGCUUCAUCAGUGGCCAAUGAAAAAUUCACAAUAGGCAUAUCAUGUCCCGGGGACUCAUCAUCAUGUGUAUGGAGUGACGGAUCGUCAUUGUAUUAUGAGAACUGGGGUAAGAACGAACCGCGUCCAACUGGAAACAGACGAUGUGGAAUCCUCAGCAAGGGGGAGUGGGAAACCUCAAGUUGUUCGGCACACAGACGCUUCAUCUGCAAGAGGCAACCCGACUGCCUCGGGAUGCCUGCCCCUUGUGACGAGCACGCGUCGUACGACAAACGUGCUAACGGUGUAUGCUUCUGUACCUGUAACCAAGGUUACUCAGGGGAUGGUGUAUUUUGUCAAGAUGUCGAUGAGUGUGAAGAAGGCACAGAUGACUGUGAUCCCAACGCAAGCUGCUCAAACACAGACGGCUCCUUCACCUGUACCUGUAAUACUGGGUACGACGGCGAUGGCACCCUCUGCACAGACAUCAACGAGUGCACGUCAGGUACACACAACUGUCAUGACAACGCCCAAUGUACCAACAACAAGGGAUCCUUCAGCUGUGCCUGUAACACUGGAUACCGAGGGGAUGGGAUGACUUGCUCAGACAUCGACGAAUGUCUGGAAGACACACAUACCUGUGACGUCAACGCUGCCUGUACCAACACACCCGGGUCAUUCACCUGUGCCUGUAACACUGGAUACCGAGGGGACGGCAACACGUGUUCGGAUAUAAACGAAUGCAUGGAAGAUACCCACAACUGUCAUUCCGAAGCCACCUGUACCAACAACCGAGGAUCCUUCAGUUGUGCGUGUAACACUGGGUACUCUGGAGACGGAGUGGUCUGCUCAGAUGUCAAUGAGUGUGCUGAUGAUACAGAUGCUUGUGAUCCCAACGCCAGAUGUGAGAACACUAUUGGUUCCCAUACGUGUCACUGUAAUGAGGGGUUUGCAGGCAAUGGCCUUGUUUGUACUGAUGUCCACGAAUGUGACGCAGGCCAGGACAACUGCCACGAACACGCCACCUGUUAUAACAACAUCGGCUCAUUUUCCUGCGAAUGUGACGCCGGAUACUCCGGUGACGGCGUAUCUUGUACAGAUGAUGACGAGUGUACCUUAGGCACUCACAACUGCCACGAAGAUGCAACGUGCAUCAAUACGGACGGCUCCUUCAACUGUACCUGUAACGAGGGAUUUACUGGUAGUGGAAUCUACUGCACGGAUGUUGAGGAAUGCUUGUUGAAUCUUCAUAACUGUGACGAGCACGCAACGUGCAUCAACAUCGAGGGGGGUGUCCUAUGUGUCUGCAACGAAGGAUGGUCUGGUAGUGGUCAGGAAUGUGCAGAUAUAAACGAGUGUACCCUGGGCACCGACAACUGCCACACAGAGGCCACCUGCACCAAUGACCCUGGGUCAUUCUCCUGUACCUGCAAUGAGGGAUUCACCGGAAAUGGCGUCACGUGUAGAGAUAUCGAUGAGUGUGGAUCUGGCACUGACAACUGCCACGACCAGGCGACCUGUCACAACACGGUUGGCUCGUUUCACUGUACCUGCGAUGAAGGGUUCAGGGGAGACGGAGUCUUAUGUUCAGAUAUCAACGAGUGUCAGGAAGGCGGCGAUAAUUGCGACAUCAACGCCAACUGCACCAACACCAUCGGGUCGUUCACCUGUUCCUGCAACGAUGGGUACAGAGGAAGCGGCGAGGCUUGUUCAGAUAUUGAUGAAUGUGACGAAGGAACCCAUGACUGUCAUGCCGACGCAACCUGCACCAAUUCUGUUGGCUCCUAUUCCUGUGCGUGCAACAUCGGGUACUCCGGGAACGGCAAGACUUGCACAGAUAUCAACGAGUGCACGUCAGGUACACACAACUGUGAUGACGACGCGCAAUGUACCAACAACAAGGGAUCCUUCAGCUGUGCCUGUAACACGGGAUACCGAGGAGAUGGAGUGACCUGUGCAGAUAUUGAUGAAUGUGACGAAGGAACCCAUGACUGCCAUGCCGACGCAACCUGCACCAACUCUGUUGGCUCCUAUACCUGUGCGUGCAACACCGGGUACUCCGGGGACGGCAAGACUUGCACAGAUAUCAACGAGUGCACGUCAGGUACUCACAACUGUCAUGACGACGCCCAAUGUACCAACAACAAGGGAUCCUUCAGCUGCGCUUGCAAUAUUGGAUACCAAGGGGACGGAGUGACUUGUGCGGAUAUUGAUGAAUGUGACGAGGGCACCGAUGACUGUCAUGCCGACGCAACCUGCACCAACUCUGUUGGCUCCUAUACCUGUGCGUGCAACACCGGGUACUCCGGGGACGGCAAGACUUGCACAGAUAUUAACGAGUGCACGUCGGAUACACACAACUGUGAUGGCAACGCGCAAUGUACCAACAACAAGGGAUCCUUCAGCUGUGACUGUAACACUGGAUACCGAGGGGACGGAGUGACUUGUGCAGAUAUUAAUGAAUGUGACGAAGGAACCCAUGACUGUCAUGCCGACGCAACCUGCACCAACUCUGUUGGCUCCUAUACCUGUGGGUGCAACAUCGGGUACUCCGGGGACGGCAAGACUUGCACAGAUAUCAACGAGUGCACGUCGGGUACACACAACUGUCAUGACGACGCCCAAUGUACCAACAACAAGGGAUCCUUCAGCUGUGCUUGUAACACUGGAUACCGAGGGGACGGAGUGACUUGUGCGGAUAUUGAUGAAUGUGACGAAGGAACCCAUGACUGCCAUGCCGACGCAACCUGCACCAACUCUGUUGGCUCCUAUACCUGUGGGUGCAACAUCGGGUACUCCGGGGACGGCAAGACUUGCACAGACGACAACGAGUGCACGUCAGAUACACACAACUGUGAUACCAACGCGCAAUGUACCAACAACAAGGGAUCCUUCAGCUGUGCCUGUAACAUUGGAUACCAAGGGGACGGGGUUACUUGCUCAGAUAUUGAUGAAUGUGACGAAGGAACCCAUGACUGUCAUGCCGACGCAACCUGCACCAACUCUGUUGGCUCAUAUACCUGUGGGUGCAACACCGGGUACUCCGGGGACGGCAAGACUUGCACAGAUAUCAACGAGUGUACGUCAGGUACACACAACUGUGAUGACGACGCGCAAUGUACCAACAACAAGGGAUCCUUCAGCUGUGCUUGUAACACGGGAUACCGAGGGGACGGAGUGACUUGUGCAGAUAUUGAUGAAUGUGACGAAGGAACCCAUGACUGUCAUGCCGACGCAACCUGCACCAACUCUGUUGGCUCCUAUACCUGUGGGUGCAACAUCGGGUACUCCGGGGACGGCAAGACUUGCACAGAUGUCAACGAGUGCACGUCGGAUACACACAACUGUGAUACCAACGCCCAAUGUACCAACAACAAGGGAUCCUUCAGCUGCGCCUGUAACACGGGAUACCGAGGGGACGGAGUGACUUGUGCCGACAUCGAUGAAUGCGUGGAAGACUCACAUACCUGUGACGCUAACGCUGCCUGCACCAACACACCCGGGUCAUUCACCUGUGCCUGUAACACCGGAUACCAAGGGGGCGGCAACACGUGUUCGGAUAUUAACGAAUGCGUAGAAGGUACCCAUAACUGUCAUUCCGACGCCACCUGUACCAACAACCGAGGAUCCUUCAGCUGUGCGUGUAACACGGGGUACUCUGGAGACGGUGUGGUUUGCACAGACGUUAAUGAGUGCCAGAGCAAUCUUGACAACUGCCACAUCGAUGCCUUCUGCACCAACACCAAGGGUUCUUUCCUCUGUGCAUGUAAGGAAGGCUACAGCGGAGAUGGCGUCACCUGCGAAGACAUUAACGAAUGCGUUCUGGAUACACACGAUUGCCACGAUAAUGCCAACUGUACCAACAACAAGGGUUCCUUCAGUUGUCUCUGCAACGAAGGCUACUCUGGCAAUGGGACCUACUGCAGUGAAAACAUCUACGGCACACAUGUUCCCUUCAUAGCCAGCUCUCCAGCUCCUGGGUCAUCCCCUUCACCCCAUUAUCUAUGGACGCUUCUCGCGGCAGUAGGGGGAGUGUCCUUCGCCGUGUGGAUCAUCGUGAAGAAGAAAAUCCAGUCUCAAGCACAGCCUCCUGUUGGCCCUCGGCAGGCCUGGGCUGACGAUGGGGCAGACCUAAUAUAAACGAAUACUGUAUAUAGAUGCAUGCAUAUUUUAGAAUAUAUCAACUUGGGUGUUAUGGUGCUUUUCUUCAUCACUAUAUCAUAGACACAAGCAAAUCACUCUAAAAUUUGAAAAAUGCAUACAAAGUCAUUUCAGCAUUAUGUCUGACACGAAAUAUUGAAUGUCACGAAUAGGGCAAGCAUAUCAGUGUUGACAAUAAUUCAUUGAAAAUGGAUAUAAAACAUCACAGUUUCCAUGUGUUGCAAAGUUUUAUCGAUUCAAACAAGUAUCAAUGUAUCAUCGUCACUGCUUGACUUGACAGCGGUCUAUAGAAGUACCAGUAUUCCAAAUCAUUGUUUAUUGUACUGUUGUUUGUUGUUGUAUGUGUUAAUAUAUUCAACAGGAUGGACCAUAAAACUUCGACUGGAAUGGCAACGGACUACGAGUUCUGUACAUAUAUGUUGAGUAGUGUGUGAAAACAAUCUACAUUGUAGAUGUCAUUA